GUCGCAGGUCAGUGUAGACAUCCACCUCGCCAAUCGCCAUCCACCCCCAACCUUCAGCGGCCUCGGCAACUCUUAUCCUCACGUGCACACCACCUGCUCGAUGCAAUUCCCCACACGGCCACCAACCGUGCCGAUGGCACCCGCCACCGCCACCGCCACCACCACCACCACCGCCGUGGCGUCCCCCAGCACCUCCUUCCGCCCCCUACGCCGCAGCCUCCUCCCCCCAACAACCAAGGCCGCUCGCUGCCCCCCGCCGCCGCGGUGCCGCGGGCGCCUAGGCACCGCGCGCCAGGUUGUCGCCGCUGAUGUGUCCUCGUCGCCCUCGGACGUGGCCGCCGAGGAGGCCGCCGCGGCCCCCAAGAUCGGCAAGCGCGUGCGCGUGAUGGCCCCGGUCCGCGUUCACCACGUCUCCAAGGCGCCGGACCUGGACCUCCGUGGCAUGGAGGGUGUGGUCAAGCAGUACGUCGGCGUCUGGAAGGGCAAGCGCAUCACGGCCAAUCUCCCCUUCAAGGUGGAGUUCGAGCUCAGGGUGGAUGGGCAGGACAAACCAGUCCGGUUCUUUGCUCACCUCCGGGAAGACGAGUUCGAGCUCGUCGGAGAUGAAUAGCCUAACAGGUCGCUCUUACAGAAUAAUGUGCUCUUGUGCUCUUGGCUGCGGAUGCAGAAUCUGUAUAUGAGAAGAAAAGAUUAAAGAGGGUGCGAGGAGAUCGCAAGUAAGUUGUUUGCUUACUUGUCUGCUCUUCCUCACUCUUUUGUAGUUCUGUUCAACAUCAACAUUUUGAUAUGUGAGAAACUGAGAAUGGUUGGGAUUAUGAGUUAUAACAAUUAUGAAUGAAAUGGUUA